AUGGCUUUCAGAGCUGCUGCUUACUGGAAAACUAUGGCUAAAAGGUUACGUGGAAGCUCGAAUUUUCCAAUUUCUCGUGAGCUGAAACCAUUUUCCACCAUCGCCCAUCCUUUUCUUCACGGACGAAUUAAAUCCAAGUUGCCAAGUAAAGGCGAUUUUGUUCCGGUGAGCGUUGCGUUGGGGAUGGUAACAGUGUCCAUGUCAUUCGGGGUUUACACGGCCCUGCACCAAUUGGGCCGGGCCCCGAACGUGUUUGUGAAGAAAUCUAGGCGGGAAACAAUCCCGGAGGUAGUGGAACCCGAUCGCACGGCUGAGGAGGCCGAGAAAUUUGUGAAGCAGUCUUUUUUCAGAAAGGUGGCCCACGUCAAGGACUCGAGUCGCCAGGAUGUCGUGCCCAACCCAAUUCGCGGCAACAUUUUCACAAGGCCUUUACACGUUGAGACAUUGAAAGACAUUGGGGUAGAUCCUAAGGCCAUCUAA